AUGAAUGACGAACAAAAGACUCAAUACUUGAAAGAAUUAAACGAAACCUCUGAAAGAGUUAAAGAACAUGUUAGACAAGAACAAGCAAGCAAGUCUCCAGAAGUUGCUCAAUCUUCUGAAUUUAAGAGAGUUCCAAUGCCAUCUAUGACUGUUCCUCCACCAAUGCUAGCUAAAAACUCUAAUGUUGGUUCUUCUUCUACUUUAGAAAUGUGGGAUGAAGGUGUUAAUCAAAAAUUGAAUGAAAUUGAUAACAAGAUGAACAAAUCUGAUUUAUCCGUCUUUUUCACUAAAGGUGAAAUUGAAUUCUAA